AGGGCCGCGCCUCCCUGCCCGGCAGGAGGUGGGACCAGCCCCGGCGCUGCCGCCCGCCUCCUAUCUCUCUCCCUCCCUCUCUCUCUCCCUCCCGAGGGCUGAGCCGUUCCGGGAAGGCGCCGGCUCCCCCACCGCUCCUCGGCAGCGCCGCACCGGUAUCGGCCGCCACCGCGCCGGGCUCGGCCCCACGUCGCCGAGGGGCUGCGGGCGAGCUGUGGCGGAGCGGAGCGGGGCAGCGGCGGCGGGUGCGGGGUCUCCCGCGGCAAGGAGCGGCGGGAGCACAAGUGGACGGAGCGCCCGGGAACGGGGGGGGCGGCCGCCGCGUAGUUGUUUUGCCCGGGGUAAGUUGGCCGAUCCCUUGGGGAGGCUUCGCUUGGAGGGGGGCAGCGCUUGGCUCCUGGCCGCCCCCAGCCCCCUUGGGGGGGACUCCUUUUUUCUCCCCUCCACCUCCCCCUUUUUUUCCUCUCCCUUCUGUGGUUUUUUUUUUUUUUAAUUAUUAUUAUUAUUUUUUAAUAAUUUUAUUAUGGGGUUUGUGGGGGAGCAGAUUUUCCAGUCCGGCGUUGCUGUUCUUCCUUGUCCAACGCUCUGUGGAGAACUAUAAUAUUUCUUCCCCGAGAUGCUGCAGUGAAUCUUAGUCCCGGGCGAACAAAAUAAUCCGAAUAACCCCAACCAUUUGUUACUGUGUGCGAGCAAACGCUUCCUAGGCAGAGAUGAUGGCAAAAAAUUCCUUAGAAGGGUCUAAAGAAGACCUGAGCAAAAUUUCGGAAGAGGAGAUGCUGAGAUGGAGCAAGGAAGACCUAGUGAAAAGACUGAGGAAAGUGGAGAAUGAAAAGAUGAACUUAAUGGUGGAACACGGCAACUUAAUGAAGGACGUGAACCGGCGGCUGCAGCUCCACCUGCACGAGAUCCGCGGGCUGAAGGAGGUGAACCAGAAGUUGCAGGACGACAACCAGGAGCUGAGGGAGCUCUGCUGCUUCUUGGACGACGACCGGCAGAAAGGCAAGAAGCUGUCGAGGGAAUGGCAGCGCUUCGGGAGACACACGGCCAGCGUGAUGUGGAAGGAGGUGGGCAUGUAUCAGCAGAAGCUGAAGGACCUGGAGGCGAGGCAGGAGACGCUCCUGCGGGAGAACGUGGAGUUGAAGGAGAUGGUGCUCAUGCUGGACGAGGAGCGGAGCGGGGCCGGCUCGCGGAGCUCCAUCGACAGCCAGGCCAGCCUGACCAACCUCAACGGCGGCUCGGCCACCAGGGACGUGGGAGACGGGAGCAGCACCUCCAGCACGGGCAGCGCGGGCAGCCCCGACCACCACCACCACCAUCUUCACCACCCCAAGGCCGGCGACAGCAAGGCCGGGGCCAUGCGAAGGUCUAUGGAUGACCUGUCCGCGCCCCUUCACCACCGGAGCAUCCCCAACGGCCUCAACGAUUCAUCUUCCAACUAUAUCAGGCAACUUGAAACUAAAGUGAAACUGCUGGAGGAUGACAACAAGCUUCUUUCCCAGCAGUCCAGCACGGGGGACCUGAGGACUCUGAGGAAAGGGUUGUCCCCAUACCACUCUGAGUCACAGCUCUCAUCACUGCCGCAGUAUCAAGACUCCCUGCAAAACGGACCAGCUCGCAUUACAUCUGAUCUUGCAUCUUCUCCUGCAGCAGGAUAUGUCCCUGUUGGUCAGAAACCAGAGGCUGUUGUGCAUGCUAUGAAGGUCCUUGAGGUCCAUGAAAAUUUGGACAGGCAAAUGCAAGACAACUAUGAAGAAGACCUGAGUGAAAAGGAGAAGGCGAUUGUUCGUGAAAUGUGCAAUGUUGUCUGGCGAAAGCUGGGUGAUGCUGCAAGCUCCAAACCUUCCAUCAGGCAACAUCUUUCAGGAAACCAGUUCAAGGGUCCCUUGUAGGAACACCAUCCAAGAGGCUGGAAGUGAUUGAUUCUGUGAAGACUAAAGAGGCAGAGCUCAGCAUUCCUGGCUGACUGUUCCUGGGGAGCUGGGGUUGAGUUUUUUUCAGGGUUUCCUUUUUUUUUUUUUUUUUUUUUUUUUAUGGCUUUUUUUUGUAACAAUAGUGUAAAUAUGGCAGCUAAAGGCCUGAUUUCCAGGCUGUGGUGCUCUGGAACUACUGUUCAAUGGGUAACCAUCCAAUAAUGCCAGACUUGCAUAAUUUGUAUUGUAGUUCAAGCCUGCUUUGUUGUAAUGGUCUGUUUGUAGAAUUAACUAACUUGAGAGAAUUUCUAAGAGGAACAAGAAGAACCCUUAACCUGUGGAGAAGUCACGGUUUGUAUCCCUCCAGUCCACUCACUUGUCAAUGAUUCAUAGCUGGGUUAGUGGCUCCAGGCAGCACCUUCCAAGGAAAGAGCAAUUUGAAUUAAUUGGCUUACAGCCUGCCAAGUUCCUGAGCUGCUAACACCUUUUUAGGAGGUCCUUAUUUUGAAGAAUGACAUGCAACUGUUUUCACAAGGCACCAUGUACGAUAAAGAGUGGAGAGCUAAAAGCACUGGUACCACUUUGUAGGUUGCACGGUGGUGCUCAUCACACAAGUGUGCAGAAAGGCCUAAGACUCUGUAUCAUCUGUUAAUGAACUGUUUUUAUGAACAAAAGAUAUAAGAUUUGUGCAGUUGUCAUGUGAAUGAAGUCACACACCAGUCUUCCCCACAAAUACAGCAAUGCUUUACCUGUAAAGCUUUUACUACAAAGUAAUUCAGCAGAACGUGCUGGCCUAACAGUGCUUAUGACUUUCACAGGAUCUUCGAGAGCAGCUCAUCUUUUACAUAAGGAAGAUUUUGGUAUUCUUUUUUUUAAAUGUUCUUGCUGGAUCCCUCACCUAUACUGAUUCCUGUGUAAGGUAACCAAGUAACAACCUUGCAGAGCUGAAUAAAAACUCCAUGAACACAGGCUGUCGGUUGAGACUACUUCCUGCCAUUCAAGCUUUAAUUUUGUUAAUGAACCAAAACAAGUGGGUUUUUCCUUCUUCUAAUGGUUGUAUAUAAAACAAUGGGACUUAUAUUUUGCUAUUGUGGAGUAGCUGCUUGUAUAGUUGUAAGAAUUUGACUCCCUUCUUUUCCAAGUUCUCACAGCAGCUGUCCCUGUAUUUCAUUAGAUGUUCUUUCCUAAUAGUCAAAGGAAGCGGGACUUGGUUAUUAAAAUACUUGGUGUAAAUUUUUUUUAAAGACAGCCAUGUGAGAAGAUCAAAGCCUCCUCUUCAAAAGUUGCAUCAAUUUUAAUGAUUAUUUCAAAGAUUUAAUGACCUCAGACACCAUCGCUUUCUUUUUAUUCUCCGUAAGAAUCAGUCACAGCUGCAGACAGCUGUAUUAGCUGAAGAGAUUCUUCCUCUUAAAUUAAUUUGUUCUACCAGUUAAGUUCUUGACUUGUGGUAUUGUAUUCACAUGGAGCACUGAUAUAAUACCCAGAAGUCCAUGCAGCAAGUUACGGAAGGUAAUUGGUGCCAUGGCAUGCAAUAAUCUGGCUGCUUGGGUAAAGAAUUUGGAGUGUAAGAGCUCAGAUCUGGAACCAGUAAAAAAGCCGAGAAGAAAUACAACCAAAAUACAUAGUAACCAGGAAGAGUAAGCACCACAUCAUUAUUCGUUGCAGAAAUAAAACUGUAGCAGUCAAGAUUACUAAGUUAUAUGAAAAAAAAAAUAUACACAAACCAGGAACCACCCUCAAAACUCACACUCUUACUUGCACACUCACCAGUAGGUUAUUUCUUACUAGUGCUCCUGCAACAAAGCCAAGCUUGCUAACUCCAAGUUCAAUAUUUACAUUCAAGGUGUCUGGAAAAAUCCAUGGUAGAGCCUGACUGCCUCAUUUAAAAUAUGGCCCCUUUGUGGAUUCCAGAUUUCCUCCUCUUUGCUUUUUGUUUUGACCUCCAGUUUCUAGUCACUACUAAUUACUUUUCUUCCUCCUGUACAAUUUAUACCUUGACAUUUUCGCACCAGAAACGGUGAUGUAAAGCAGAGGCAUCAUUCUUCCUUACUGGCUAAUGUUGAACAGAGUGUUACUUUAAUCUAUCUGCUUGAAAGUCCCUUUUAAUUUUGGUGGCAUCUAAUCACUGGAUUAAGCAGAGAAUUUAAGCAUAUUGGGAACAAGGUUAAUUUAAGUCUGUGACUUUUAACUAAAGCAAUGCAAAUGUUGCCAGCACUUGUAGCGAGUUAAUUGUGUUGAUGAUGUGCUUGCUAUUUUUGGAGUAUAUUGAACUAGCAGGUCCUCUCAACAAGAGCUGUACUAAUCAGAUUACUAGUCUCACCAGCUAUGUAAUUCUCGUUCAAGUAUUCCCUGCUAUCACAUCUCUCAGUAUGUAUCCAGUGACUUCAAGCAAAGCUUGUUUUGUUCCACCCACAGAUCUCACCUACAAGGGAAGUUAAGUGCUGCAAUUCCUGAAAAGCCACUUCACUGGGUAGCCAGUAGUUCAGCUGAACAGUUGAUACCCUUAGGGUAUAUCCUACGUCUUUCAGAUUCUAUUUGGCAGAGUAAAUCUUCAAUGUAAGAUCUGCACCACUGAUUUGGCAGAACGUGGCAGUGCUGUAUGCUGGGGUGUUCCUUUUGCAAGGUUUUUAGGGUCACUUCUCUUCAUACCUAGCGCCAUUUGAGCUAGAAAGUGUCUUCCUGAGGUAAAAUAAUGCUCAAUGACUUUACAGGAUGACUUGGGUACUGAAUUUUCAGUUGUCUAAAAAGGUGUUUUACAUGCCUAUUUAAAUUCACUUAGCUAUGAGCUAAGUCUUCAGUGAAAAUUACUUGAGGAGUUUUGUACACUAAGAGAGGAGCAUCCCUUGAAAUAGUGGUCAUUAAAUUCAAGUAUUUGGGGCAAUAGUCUUAAGUUAAUUUCCUCAAGAUGGAAGCCCUGGGUUCUGCAGUCCUCUGGCAAAGAAAGCAUCCACUGUUUACAAAUGGACUUUCCUUGCUUAAGGAAAGUGAAAUCGCAUCCUUGACUUCUGUGGGAGUGACUGAAGUGAAGAGCAUUUCCAUAGUUUCUGAAAUGCCGUGGUGUAACCAGCUCGUUGGCUCUCUGCACCUUGAUAAGACUGCUGAGCACAACCUUGUUCGAGAAUGGCACAUUUUUAUCCAAAUAGAUAUUAAAAGAAAUCAGUGUUAAAGUGACCUUUUAUCUUUUUAGAAACUGUAGAGGAAGAGUACUACUGAUCUUUUUCAAAGUGCAUGACUGUAAAGUGAUAAAAUUGUAUAUUUUUCAUAAUGUGGGGAAAGUCUAUUUGUGCUGCUUUAGAAAUCAGUUUAAAGUUUGAUUUCUGUUAAACCUGUGAUCUUACAGCCCUGCUAUAUUUUCUGUAUAUGAUUUACAAAGAACUGGAAAAGUUAGCACCUGCUGUUGUGUAUAUAGCAAAAUUCUUCAGACCUUAGCACACGUUUUUACCUAUUAUGGAACCACUCUGGCUUUUUUGGGGAGGGAAAGUAAUAGUACAGAUUUUUUUGAUAAUGUGUGUAAAACAUUCAUUUGAAAUAUUUUAGUAAAAAUGAAGUAAGAGAUGGAUUGUGAUAGUGUAUACUUCUAGUUGAAUAAAAGACAUGCUUUUUAAAUAAACUGAUAAGUAAGAUUUGGGAGAGAACUGCUGAUGUAUCUUGCAAUAAGUACCAUAGUUACGAAUUCUGAACUGGUAAGAAAACCCUGGAAACCCACUAAAUUCAGAACCAAUUUUAUUUGGGUAAAUGUGAACAAAGUAGUCCCAUUUAUAACCAGGAUGUACAUCACAGUAGGUUGUUACAUUCAGACUUUCACACUUAGAAAAUAUAUAUAUUAUGUACAGGAAUUUGCAAAUAGGUGUAAACAUACAAUACUUUAAGAUACCAGUACAUUCCAAAACAAAAAUACCAGCAAGGCAAACACCUCAAAAUGAUUCCAGUCAGCUAGCAUUCAGAAUCUCUUAAAUAAAGUAGCUCUUAUGCU